GCACCAGGGCUCGGGUCGGGUGGAUCGUCGUGCUCGCACCCACAUCGCCAUUUUGCCACCGCGAAUCCGCGACCACCAGCAGCUUCGUCGUUCCGUAGCUCAAAUCUUAUCCCGCUUCACCAACCAUGGCCGCGGCCUUCCUCCUCUGCCCCAGGCUCGCGCUGCCCCUGCGCCGAGGAUCCCGCCUCCUCGUGUCCUGCUCCGCCUCCGCCUCCUCGUCAGAUGCUGCUGGAGAGGUGGGAUUCCAGGGAAAGGUGGGAUUCUUGGGCCUCGGGAUCAUGGGCGCCCCCAUGGCAUCAAACCUCAUCAAGGCUGGUUAUGAUGUUACUGUUUGGAACAGGACCGAGAGCAAGUGUGAUCCUCUUCUCAGCCUCGGUGCCAAGUUUGAAUCUUCACCUGCCGGAGUUGCAUCAUCUUGCGAUGUGACCUUUGCGAUGCUUGCUGAUCCAGAAAGCGCGGCUGAGGUUGCAUGCGGGACCAAUGGAGCCGCAGAAGGGAUGGCCCCAGGUAAAGGUUAUGUUGAUGUGUCGACGGUCGACGAUGCAACAUCUAAGUUAAUCGGCAAACAUAUUACGAGUACCGGGGCAUCUUUUCUUGAGGCUCCAGUUUCAGGCUCGAAAAAACCAGCGGAAGAUGGACUGCUGAUCUUUCUUACCGCAGGUGAUGAAUCCUUGUACAAGAGAGUGGCACCCCUACUUGAUGUCAUGGGCAAGUCAAGAUUUUAUCUUGGGGAUGUCGGGAACGGCGCAACAAUGAAGCUCGUGGUUAAUAUGGUCAUGGGGAGCAUGAUGGUCUCCUUUGCAGAAGGGCUACUCCUUAGUGAAAAAGUUGGGUUAGACCCGAAUACCGUCGUCGAGGUUAUUUCUCAAGGCGCUAUCAAUGCCCCCAUGUUCUCCCUGAAGGGCCCUUCCAUGGUUAAAGCUGCAUACCCUACGGCAUUUCCCCUGAAACAUCAGCAGAAGGAUCUGAGGCUGGCGCUGGCCCUGGCAGAAUCGGUGUCGCAGUCCAUUCCUACAGCUGCCGCUGCGAAUGAGCUGUACAAGGUUGCGAAAUCGCUCGGCCUCGCUGACCAUGACUUCUCAGCGGUCAUUGAGGCGCUCAAGGCGAAAGUGCAGAGCUCGCAGCAGUAGAGAUUGUUGGUUCAGCUGGCCAAGUUUAACUGUGGCAUUUUUGUUUAUUUCCCAAUCUUGUUCAGACAGUUUGUGCCUGUCUUACAGGCAGAAUUUAUACAUGAAUAUAAAAUGAGUGGGGCGAAUGGAAUGAAUA